AUGACAGCGUUCGGACUGGAGGGGAAAUUGGCCUUGGUAACAGGUAAGGAAGACUCUUCCCAUGUUGUAUAAAAGGCUCGUUUGGCUACAUUUGAUUCGCUCUUUUCAUGGCUUGGGAAACGAAGUGUCCAAAAAUUUUUUCGUCUACCAAAACAACGGUAAAAAAGUUACGAUUACAUUCUACAUGCUUACUAAUAAUUGUUGUUCUUUUUACAAUUUUCCCGACUUUGUUUCUGCGACAGAAUAUAAAUAAAAAAUUUUUUUUGCCAUUUCGUUUCCCAAGCCGUAAAAGGCGCAAUUCAAAUGUAGCCGUACUCUUUAAGGCUUUUUUCACGCUGACAUCUUUUUUUGCCGCGGUUUCAAAAUUUUUUAUUUACUCUAUUUUAGUAUUUUGUCUGUCAGGAGUAUUAUUUUUACAAUUUUGCUUACCAAUUUACAAGGUACGGCAAUUUUUCGGCCGGAUUUGAAUUGGAUAUUACGUUUUUAGAUUUCGGUCAAAUUAAAAAAAAUUUUCCCUGAAUCCUCAGACUCCUCCAUUUUGAUGCGUAUGUCACCAUCCUUAUGUGUUUGUUGUUAAUUUUUACUUCAGUUCAAUAAAUGGGUAUAACAUAUUAUACAGGGUGGGGCAUCUUUGUGGCCCGAUUUGAAUUGACUAUAACUUCUUUAGUUUUUGGCCAAAUUUUAAAAUUCUUUUUUUCCCUGAAUCGUCAGCUAACCCCAUUUUGUUUGAUACCAAAUAUGUUAUACAUAGUAAGUGUAUCUCUACAGUUAUUGGAUUUAUUCUUGGAGUUCAUUUUUUCGGUCGUUUUUCGGUUGUUUUUUCGGUCUUUCCCGGUGUGUCCAGAAAUGGAGUACGGUCCGGAAGAAAAAUACGGUGGAAUUUACCCUCCCGAAAAUCGACGAUGAGAAUAAGAACAAAAAGUGAAGAUCAACCUCCAGAGUUCGUCGAAUGGUCCAUGGUGAAUGCAUUCCCUCGGUUCUGGCCAAACUUCGUGUACUCAUAUGCGGAUUUUCUCGGAAUUUUGACAAAACUUCUUCAAUUUUCAAUUCCGUUCAUACCCAUCUUUCCUGCUUUUUUUGUUUCCUGUUAACGCUGGCAGUCUCAAGAAACUUAUUCCACGAACGUCGAAUUGUCUUGCGAUCUGGAGGUUAGGCAUUACGUCCGUAUUUCAUGCGGUAUCCCCAUUUGAAAAUUUAACGCCGAACCGUACUUUCUAUACCAAACCACAGACCAAGCCUUUUCUUCCACACCGGACUCCAUUUUCGGACACACCGGGAAAGGCCGAAAAAACAACCGAAAAACAACCAAAAAAAUGACUUCAAGAAUAAAUCCAAUAACUGUAGAUGACGCUCACCUAUGUAUAACAUAUUUGGUAUCAAACAAAAUGGGGUUGGCUGACGAUUCAGGGAAAAAAAGAAUUUUAAAAUUUGGCCAAAAACUAAAGAAGUUAUAGUCAAUUCAAAUCGGGCCACAAAGAUGCCCCACCCUGUAUUUGGUAUUAACAAAAUGGAGGAGUCUGAGGAUUCAGGGAAAAAAAUUUAACAUUUUGCCAAAGGCCAAAAAAGUCAUACAAUUCAAAUCCGGCCGAAAAAUUGCCGCACCCUGUUUUCGUUAUAAUUGCAGGCGCAGCACAAGGAAUUGGGGCUGCAACGACACGGAAGUUCGCUGAACAUGGCGCAAAUGUGAUUCUCGUUGACAUAAAAGAAGAUGUUUUGAAAAAUACGGCACAAGAAAUUCAGAAAGGUAUAUUUUUGACACUUACUAGUUAGUCAAAACUAGGGUUUGUACGUUCCGGGUAUAUAUGGCUCGGGACUUCUAAAUCUCUCAACAAGAGUCAAUCCGAACCCAGCAAAUUUAGUACAAAGUUAAAAGUUGCGCAAUCUGACAUAACAUUACGCCUUUCUCCCAUUGCUGCCUUUCAAUUUCUGCCUUUCUCUGUCGCCUCCUCUUUUUUUGUCAACUUUUAACUUGGACUAAAUUUGCAGGUUUCCGAUGGAUUUUUGCGGAGAGAUUUAGAAGUCCCGAGCCUGGUCAAAACCUGUGAAAAAUAUCAAAAUAAUAUUUUUUGUUUAUUUUAGAUUUCCCGAACUUGAAGAUUAUUGCGGAAGUCUGCGAUGUUAGUCAGAAAAGGGAAGUAGAUGCAUUGGCGGAGAGAGUGGAGAAGAUAUUUCCCCAAUCCAUUGAUGCUUUAGUCAAUAAUGCUGCAAUCGUCAACAUUAGCCCAUAUUUGGAACUAAAGGAAGAGGACUUUGACAAAGUGUUAGCAACUAAUUUGAAAUCUGUUCAUGUGGUAGGCUAUGUUUUAAUUUUGUAUAAAUCUAAUCGUAAGUAUAUUUUUUUACUUAUUAUUUCUGUUUGUUCAGGUAACCCAAGUCUUUGCCAAACAAGCGGUUGCCCAAAAGCGCCCGCUGGCAGUUGUAAAUCUCUCAUCGAUCACCACUAAUGCUGGAAUGGCCCAGAUUGCACCGUAUGUUGUAGCCAAGGAAGGAAUAAAUGGUCUGACAAAGGUGCUGGCCAAGGAGUUGGGAAAGUACAAUAUCCGAGUGAACUCGAUUAAGCCUGGCUUUGUGGAUACACCCAUGAACGCGCAUCUAAACGACGCUUCUCGUGCUGAUAUUGCUCGUCAAACGCCCUUAGGGCGAAUGGCGCCGCCCGAAGAGAUAGCGAAUGUAAUUGUUUUUUUCGCUUCAGACCUGGCCAGUUUCUGUACUGGCAGUUUCGUUGAUGUGAAUGGCGGUAUGACACUCUAAACUGGACCAUUUGUAUAGAUUACUCCUUUAUCAAGAGUCUGAUGUGAUUAACUUACUCCAUUUUAUCACUCGCAUAUCGCCAACCACAAGCCCGGUUAUGAUGAUUAAUAAACAAGUGCUUCAUCCACUCUCAUGAGUAAUAUUCAGCACACAUUCAUUUCUUUGUGGCACAUUUCGCAGUCUGCGGGUGCUUCUAACAAAGUAAAAGACCAUGGUAAUCGUAUUUGAAUCGAACAAAAACGGAAAUGUUUUUGUGCCUUUUUUGAUUGCCACUGUCAUAAGAGAAUAAUGGCCAUGGGAUGAUCAAAUUAGGGCCUCCCUCCCUCUUGGAUGUGGAGUAACACUUGAGAGCCGAGUUUUUGUCUAAUCUAAUCCAAUUGUUUCGUGCUGAAACUGAGUAGAAUUUUUUGAAAUUUAUAGUGGGGAAUUGCAAUAACUUUUGUUACAUGCAUACUCUAAUAUGUGAAGCAUAUCUUUAAUGGGAGUGGCUCUUUAGCCAUGUAUCUUCGUCCCUUUAUGCCCAUCCAGAGGUCGGUCGGGCAUAGAUAAGGUUAAUUUCCCAUGGCAUAGGGCCCUUAGGGAGUAACUCCAUUCGUGAUGUCUAAAACCCCGUUCUUUAAUUGCGUCCGCUUAUUGCCUUGAUAGUCGCUUAUCAUCGUGACAUCACCUCAGCCCCGUCUCAACACCCUCAGGGCAAAAGUUUUGGUUAAUGAAGAAAGAGAAAUAAAUCCAAGUAAAAGAAAAGCGCAAUAGAGCCGGAGGCUACGAAGGAAGUGCUGGGCAGUAAGGACGUCGGUUCGCCUUUCUUUCGUCGCAUCAAGACUUGAAUUUUGUUGUUCUAGAAGAGGAACUCGUUCGCUUUUUUAAAACUUUUGUAUGGCUAGAUUCCAGGUGUUUGUGACCAAAAUUUGGCCUUUCCCCCAAUGCCCCGAAAGGGACGAACUCGUUUCCCAAAAGAAGGCGAUCCAACGCUUAGAAAUUUUAUUCGGCAAUAUCUAUCUCCGAGAAAAGCGCACCCAAUUUGAAAAUGGCCACAAUAAGUGCGAGGAAUUUGCGUUAUUUCCGGUUAUUGAGGCCCAUCUGACUUGCGGCGUUCCGUGUUUUUCUCAACUUUGGCCCAUUAAUUUCAGGACAAAAAAGUGCCUUAG